AUGUCGAACUGUUCUCGAAGGAAGCAAUGCACAGAGAAAGAAAACGAUGUCCAAUGCGUCCAUUUUCGCCAUCCCCUUCUAUACAGAAGCGCCAACCAACGAGCAAUUAUCACAUCAGUGACAACAAACCAAGAAGCCCUACUUCCUGUGAUUUCAGCUAAUAUCAGUGGAGAAAACAACCUGUAUAAGCGGGGCAACGUACUUCUGGACUCGGGAGCGCAGUUGAGCCUGAUACGACAAAAAACAGCGGAAAGUCUCGGCCUGACAGGCACAGACGUCUCCAUUACAUUGACAAAAGUUGGAGGUGAAGAGCAGGAGAUCACAACGAAAGCAUAUAAAGUUCAAGUUGGCUCACCGGAUAGCAAAACAAAGUUUGUCAUAAAAGCAAUCGGUAUUCCUACUAUCAGUGACGAUAUUUUAGGAACUGACACAAAGGAGAUCGUAAGACAGCUAGAACUAAAGAAAAGGAUUAAUCGGGGUAAAGGACAAGUCGAUAUUCUUAUCGGUAUCGACCACCCUCGAAUGCACACUGGAGAAACCAAGCAGGCGGGUGAUUUGAUAGCAAGAAAAUCACCUUUAGGAUGGGUUGUAUUCGGAGCAAAACCAAGAGAGACAGUGCUAGCUAGCCAAAUCUUCCAUAUCAAAUACACAGCCCCUGUUGACUUAUCAGAAUUCUGGACUACAGAAUCAAUGGGAGUAGCAGUAAGAUCAUGCAGAUGUACCACAAAUAACCUCAGCCCGAUCGAAAUAGAAGAAGCAAAGAAUAUCGAGGAUUUGUGCAAGAAAGUGGAUAAUCAAUGGAUGGUGUCAUACCCCUGGAGGAUUGACCCAAAGGAAUUACCCGAUAACAGAAAUCAGGCAAUGAGAAGACUCGAAGCGACAGAACGCAGACUCCAGAAGAACCAACAGUACGCGAAGGCCUACGAUAAGCAAAUAACAGAGAUGAAUGAACUGAAGUUUUCAAGAAAGCUUACAGAGAAAGAAAUAAGGGAAUAUCAAGGUCCUGUUCAUUACAUAGCCCACCACUCCGUUCUUAAACCAGAAAGUAAAAGUACCCCACUCCGAAUUAUCUUUAAUUCGUCUUCUGUAUACCAAGGACGCUGCCUCAACCAUUAUUGGCUAAAGGGCCCAGAUUUGCUGAAUAACCUCUUUGGAGUGAUCCUUCGGUUUAGAGAAAAUAGAGUAGCCUUGAGUGCUGAUAUUUCCAAAAUGUACCACAGAGUGCGCAUUCUAAUUGAAGAUCAGCACGUGCACAGAUUUUUAUGGAGGAACAUGCAAGUUGACAGACAACCUGAUACGUACGCAAUGAAUGUCCUCACUUUUGGUGAUAAACCGGCGCCGGCAAUGGCGCAAAUAGCACUAAAGAAGACGGCUGAAGAAGGCGAGACAUCAAAUCCAAGAGCAGCACGGACGGUGAAAGAUAAUACGUAUAUGGACGACAUAUUAGACUCAGUCGACACGGUGGAAGAAGCGAAAGAACUGUCCAGCUCAAUUGAUGUUAUACUUGCGAACGGUGGUUUCAAUGUGAAAGAAUGGCGAUCAAAUGAAGAUCUGCAUAAAAACGUCCCGACACAACAAGUGGAGGAAAUUCCGGUUUUGCAAGGAAAACCAGAAGAAAAGAUGUUAGGGGUCGGCUGGAACAAUGCGAACGAUGUUCUUAAAUACAAAGUUGAACCAAAUAUCCUCGAUUCACAACCACCAAAGCUAACAAAGAGAAGAAUUCUCAGCCAGAUAUCACGUGUAUACGAUCCGAUAGGACUCACAUCAGCGUUCCUUAUCCGAGCGAAGGUGGGGAUCCAAGAGUUAUGGCAGAAAGGCAUUGGCUGGGAUGACGAGCUCUCGACUGAAUCUCGAGAACAAUGGGUAUCAUUCUUCGAAGAAAUGAAGCAGUUAAGCGACAUCGUCUUGGAGAGAUGUUUAUGUCCAUUUAUCACCGUUGAGCUUCCGACACUUUGUGUCUUUGCGGAUGCAUCCCGUUGUGCAUUCGGAACGUGCGCAUAUAUUAGAAACGUGGAUUCGAGUGGUUCAAUCGAAGUGAGAUUUGUCGCCGCUAAGUCGCGAGUGGCACCACUGAAGGAGCUAAGUAUUCCGAGACUCGAACUUCAGGCGGCAGUAUUAGCAAGUAGACUAUGUAAGAGUAUACAAGAAGAAACACGAGUGGAAUUUGAAGAAAUCAUUCUGUUUACGGACAGCACAAUCACAUUGGCUUGGAUCCGUAGCAAAGAGAGACGUUUCAAGCCGUUCGUAUCAAACAGAGUCGGGGAGAUACAAAGCAAUGUACAGCCCUGUCAAUGGAGACAUAUCCCAAGUGAACACAAUGUAGCAGACGAUGUCUCUCGCGGGAUAAAAGCAUCUGAAUUAUCUGGUAGAUGGAAAGAAGGCCCAGAAUUCCUACGCAGACCCAAAGAGGAAUGGCCACAAGAAGAUCUGAAACCAGAUGUCAUUGAAAUCGAGAAAGAAGUUAGGAAGAAACAGAUGGUGGCGUCAGCAGCAGUAACAAAGAGUGUUAUCGAUUGCAACACAUAUUCGAGUUGGAAGAAGUUAGUUAGAGUCACGUCAUGGGUACUACGACUGAAGAGUAACUUACUCUCGAGAAUGAAGCGUGACGAUGGAGCCAGACAAGGACCGCUGACAGCAGAGGAACUUGAACUUGGUCGCAUUUAUUGGAUCAAAUUGGCCCAGAUGAGCUUGAAAGAGAGGCUGAAACGAAACGACUUCAAGGCAUUGUCCCCAUUCGUUGAUCCUGGGAGCAUUAUACGAGUUGGAGGACGCGUGGAUAACGCUGUCGUUUCUUACGAAACGAGGCAUCCUGCCUUGUUACCAUAUCAUCACAGAAUAUCUCGUCUCAUUACCGAAGAAGCCCACCGGUGUGGACAUUCGGGAAUUGCAACAACAACAGCCAAAACAAGACGAAUGUAUUGGAUAAUAAGAGCCCACGACCUCGCUAAAGCUGUCAAGUACAAGUGUGUCGUUUGCAAAGCAAUGGAACCCAAAGCGGAGUCUCAUCAAUUUAUGGCUAAUCUACCACCUCAACGUCUAGCCCCACAAUCACCACCAUUUCAUUAUACAUCAUGUCUAAAUGCGCGUGCCGUCUACCUGGAGAUAGCAACAGACUGUACUGCAAUGGAGUUUAUUCAAACUCUCAGAAGAUUCUUUGCGAUCAGAGGUUAUCCCGCACUGAUCCUGAGUGAUAACGGCACAAAUCUGGUCGGUGCGGUUACAGAACUUAGAAAGAUGAUUAAGGUAAGAAGAAACUCCAUGAAUAUUGUGCGGACAAAGGAAUUCAAUGGAAGUUCACGACGUCAGGUGCCCCACACCAAAACGGGUGUGCAGAAUCCCUAA